UUUGCAAAAAGAAUCAAUCAUAUACUUAGUUGAAGCAAAAAUCAACAAGUCAUAAACUCUUCAAAAGCAAAGCAAAUCUUCAAAGAUAUUAUUCAUAAAUUUGUGAAAAACAAAUAGAUAAAGCUUGCUAUUAUCAAUCUCUUACUUGAGUUGAUUUAACCCAUAUUCCCCACAAAUAUUGUAACCCUCUCAAGUCUUUCUUUCAUGUUAGAUUGAGUGUUUGUGAGAAAGUCUUUUCGAGUGAAGAAAAGCAUUUUGAGUGAAAGUCUUUUCGAGUGAAGAAAAACAUUUGUGUAAAAGUCUUUUCAAGUGAAGAAAAGCAUAUUGUAUUGAUCCAGUUGUGAUCAAGUUUUUGAUGCGAAGCAGAAGGUUCUGAUCUGAGCAUUUUUAGUGGACAAUCUCACAAGGACUGUGAGCACUGGACUAGCCCAAGUUGGGUGAACCAGGAUAACUUCUGUGUGUUUUUCUCUUGGACUCUAAAAUCCCUAAAACAUACUAAACAAACUAACUGAGUAAUACCAGAGUGCUCUGAGACUUAAACAUUUACUUAUUCAGCAACUAGCUCAGUAUUUAUAUUGUUCAUUUAUAUAUUGUCUAUUUUAUUGUUGCUAACUAUAUUUCUUUUUAUAUUGUUAAUUGUUAACUAAUCAAUUAAAAGAAAUAUUGUCUUGAGUUAUUUUAAACUAACAUAAAAUAAUUUUAAAAAGGAUCAUAAUUCAAACCCCCAUUUCUUAUGACAUUUAUUGCUACUUCAAUUAUUCCUUAAUUACUUUUCAAUAUAAUAACUUUUUGUCAAGUAGUACAUAUAUAAAUGCGCAAAAGUGAAAAUUUCAAGUUUAUCAGCAAUUUAUUAGUAUCAGGACUCUUUAUUCAAACGCAUCCCCAUACUUCAUUACUAAUAGAAAAUUUACAAAAUUGGUACUCAAUGAAAGAGAAUUGAGUCUAGAUAUUCCAAAAAUACAAAAAUUGCUCAAAUCAGAGUUACAAGUACGAAUUUGUUACGUUUAUUUUUUGGCUUUGUAAGAAUUUAAAUUUAAAAAUAUUUUUUAAAAUUAUAUAAUCAACAUCUUAAAAAUUCAAAUUUUAAAUUUUUCAAUACAUAAUUUUAGUUGAAUUUCCAUUUUUUAGUUGCAAAAUCCACUUAGUGGUUAGACUUAGACAAGCUAAACAUAGUUAUGUUUGUGGUAGCCAGCACAACACAACAGAACAGUGCAUGAUGACAUGACAUGAAAUGAGACAAUCAACAGAGAGCAACCAAUUUCCAUUCCUUAUCUCAAAUUCAAAAUAAAGUAUUAACAACAAACCAUAACACAACAAUACUAAUAAUGGAGGAACAAAUUGAAGAAAACGAGUGGCGUCUCUACGAAGCUUACAAUGAACUUCACGCGCUUGCUCAGGAAUUACACACGCCAUUCGACGCGCCGGCAGUGCUUGUUGUGGGCCAUCAAACAGACGGAAAGAGCGCCUUAGUUGAAGCCCUAAUGGGCUUUCAGUUCAACCACGUCGGUGGUGGCACUAAAACCCGCCGGCCUAUUACCCUUCACAUGAAAUACGGCCCACAUUGCGAGUCACCUUCUUGUUAUCUUCUCUCUGAUGAAGAUCCUUCUCUUUCUCACCAAAUGUCCCUUCCCCAAAUCCAGGGUUAUAUUGAAGCUGAGAAUGCAAGAUUGGAGCGUGACUCAAGUUGUCAAUUUUCAGCUAAGGAAAUAAUAAUAAAAGUGGAAUACAAAUACUGUCCUAAUCUCACCAUAAUCGACACACCAGGGCUAAUUGCACCUGCACCAGGUCGAAAAAAUAGGGCGUUGCAAGCACAGGCGCGUGCGGUGGAGUCGCUAGUGCGUGCUAAAAUGCAGCACAAGGAGUUCAUUAUACUCUGCCUUGAAGACUGUAGUGAUUGGAUCAAUGCUACCACGAGGCGUGUUGUGAUGCAGAUUGAUCCUGAAUUGUCAAGGACUGUGGUUGUUUCUACUAAGCUAGAUACUAGGAUACCUCAAUUUGCACGUCCUUCUGAUGUCGAAGUUUUCCUCUCGCCGCCUGCAACUGCGCUUGAUGGUUGCAUUCUCGGUGAUUCUCCGUUCUUCACUUCUGUUCCUUCUGGAAGAGUUGGUUCUGGAACUCAUUGUUUAUAUUCCUCCAAUGAUGAUUUCAAACAGGCAGUAAGCUUCAGAGAGAUAGAAGACGUUGCAUCCUUGGAGGAGAAAUUGGGAAGGCCGUUGUCAAAGCAAGAAAGAAGUAGGAUAGGCGUGAGCAAACUUAGGCUCUUUCUGGAAGAAAUACUACAAAAGAGGUAUAUAAGUAACGUACCGUUGAUCAUUCCACUUCUUGAGAAGGAGUAUCGGAGCGUGACAAGGAAAUUGAGUGACGUAAAUCAAGAAUUGAGCACAUUGGAUGAAGCCAAGUUGAAGGAGAAAGGAAGAGCUUUUCAUGAUAUGUUCUUGACCAAGCUGUCAUUGCUGCUUAAAGGGACAGUUGUCGCGCCUCCUGAUAAGUUUGGUGAAACACUACCAGAUGAGCGAAUAAAUGGAGGUGCAUUUGUUGGUGCUGACGGUGUUCAGUUUCCUCACAAGCUAAUACCUAAUGCAGGGAUGCGUCUUUAUGGUGGUGCACAAUAUCAUCGGGCAAUGGCUGAAUUUCGUUUUGUAGUUGGAGGAAUCAAGUGCCCUCCAAUAAGUCGGGAAGAAAUUGUAAAUGCUUGUGGAGUUGAAGACAUUCAUGAUGGGACAAACUACUCUAGGACUGCUUGUGUAAUUGCUGUUGCAAAGGCUCAUGACACAUUUGAACCUUUUCUUCAUCAGUUGGGGUCUAGAUUGUUGCAUAUACUUAAGAGAUUGCUCCCAAUUUCUUUUUAUCUUCUUCAGAAAGAUUGCGAGUAUCUAAGUGGCCAUCAGGUGUUCCUCAGGCGUGUUGCCUCUGCCUUCGACAACUUUGCAGAAUCUACUGAAAAAUCAUGCCGUGAAAAAUGUAUGGAGGACUUGGUGAGCACCACACGAUAUGUCUCAUGGUCUCUACACAAUAAGAGCCGGGCUGGAUUACGCCAGUUCUUAGAUUCAUUUGGUGGAACAGAACAUUCCAAUGUUUGUAAUGAUCCUACUGCAACUGUUCUAUCUCAAACAAACGUGCAAGAGAAAGAAGACACAAAGUCCCAGCAAGAUGUAAAGCUCAGUCACGUCGCCUCUGGGAUUGAUUCUAGCACAUCCACUCAGACAGCUGAAACAAAGCUUGCCGACCUUCUAGAUAGUACACUUUGGAAUCGGAGACUUGCACCUUCAUCCGAAAGGAUUGUUUACGGUUUGGUACAACAAAUAUUUCAUGGCAUACGAGAAUAUUUCUUGGUUUCCACAGAAUUAAAGUUCAACUGUUUCCUCUUGAUGCCGAUUGUGGACAAGUUGCCUGCACGUCUUCGGGAAGACCUAGAAUCUGCUUUCGAAGAUGACUUGGAAAAUGUUUUUGACAUAACCAAUCUGCAGCUUUCAUUGGGGCAACAAAAGAGAGAUGUAGAAAUUGAAAUGAAAAGGAUCAAGAGGCUCAAAGACAAAUUCAGAUUGAUACACGAGCAGCUAAUUCUACGUCAAGUGGUAUGAAUAUGUGAGUCACUGCUGGAUCGUCUGAGUGUAAACAUGUAACUUAAGAUUUAUGAGAUGUAUGAUUUUCCUUUCUUUCCUAAUUUAGUGCUUUCCCUAUGGUUUAUCAUAGAAAGAUUAUUAGAUGUACAUUAUUGCUGAAGUUACCUUUAAAUCUCCCUUUUUCCCUGUAUGUAAGUAAGCUUUGAGUAUAUUCCUGUUCGAAAUUAUAACAUGUUUCUGUUCUUGUUC